AUGAAAGAGUAUGGAUUUAUCAACACGUGUCUGAAGUCGCUUGUGAUAGAAAAGUUUGGAGAAGACACUUGGGACAAACUCAGGGAUGAGGCAGGCGUUCAAGACACUUUCAUGACAUAUGAGGUGUACAAGGAUGACAUAACGAUGAGAUUAGUCUCAGAGGCCUGCAAGCUACUAGAUGUUAAGGCAGACAUCGUGUUGAGACAGUUUGGCGAGUACUUCUUCGAAUUUUGCAAGAGAUCUGGGUAUGACCAUAUGUUGCGAACCCUUGGAGGAACCCUUUUUGAAUUCAUUGAGAAUCUGGAUGCUCUCCAUGGCUUCCUGUCCCUCUCCUAUAAGGAGAUGAAUGCACCCUCGUUUAGAGUGGAAAAGAACAAAGAUGGGUCCAUGCUUCUGCAUUAUUACUCUGACCGCAGGGGUCUCUGCCACAUUGUCCCUGGUAUAAUUGGUGCAGUGGCGAGAGACUUUUUCAACAGCACAAUAACAAUGGAGAUCGUGCACCAGACGGAGGAGGUGGAGAGGACAGGGAAGAAGGAGCACGUGGUCUUCCUGGUAACGCAGCACGUGGCACUGCCAGAGAGGAGUGCUGUAAAUGAUGCCCUGUCGCCAACUGCCCAACGCCCAACCAAAACCCUUACAUGUGAUGCCACCCAUUUCAGCAAGGAGAAGAAGCAUCAGACUGUCUGCCCCUCCAGGAGGAACCACUGGGAGAUGGUCAGGGGUUUACUACGCCUGGGAAAAGGGGAACUCCUGAGAGGAUUCCAGCCUGUGUAUCCUGCUCAGCUCUGCGUUGACCUGAUCACCUUCUGCUGCGCUUUCCCCUUCCACAUAGUGUUUGAUGAGAAGCUGGAGGUGAGGCAGGCUGGUGUGAGCCUCCAGAGGAUCGUGCCGGGCCUGCAGACCAUGGGCAUCCGGCUGGACCGCUACUUCAGCAUCCUUCAUCCAGAGGUCACCUUCACCAUCUCCAGCAUCCGCAAGUUCAUCAACAGCCACUUUGUGCUGCAGACGUGUAGGGACGUGAUGCCGGAGUGCUGGAGGGAGAGACCAAUGCUGGAGCUCAGAGGCCAGAUGCUGUGGAUGCCCUCCCUGCGGUGCAUGCUGUACGUGGCGUCCCCCCUGCUGCGCAGCCUGCAGGAGCUGGAGGAGCGGUGCAUGCACCUGUCGGACAUCGCGCCGCAUGACGCCACGCGGGACCUGAUCCUGCUCAACCAGCAGCGCCUGGCCGAGAUGGAGCUCUCCAGCCAGCUGGAGCGCAAGAAGGAGCAGCUGCGCCUCCUCUCCCAGCACCUGGAGGAGGAGAAGCAGAAGACGGAGCUGCUGCUCUACGCCAUGCUGCCCAAACACGUGGCCAACCUGCUGAAGGAGGGCAAGAGAGUGGAGGCAGGUGAAUUUGAAGAGUGCACCAUCCUCUUCAGCGACGUGGUGACCUUCACUAACAUCUGCUCGGAGUGUGAGCCCAUUCAGAUCGUCGUCAUGCUCAACUCCAUGUACCUCAAGUUCGACCGACUCUCCACAGUACACAACGUCUACAAGGUGGAGACGAUUGGGGAUGCUUACAUGGUGGUCGGUGGCGUCCCCAUCCCUGCCUCCACCCACGCUGAGCAGGUGGCCAACUUUGCCCUGGGCAUGAUCAUAGCAGCCAAGGAGGUCACUAACCCAAUCACAGGAGGCCCAAUCCAGAUUCGGGUGGGGCUGCACAGUGGGCCGGUGCUGGCCGGCGUGGUGGGGGAGAAGAUGCCGCGCUACUGCCUGUUUGGGGACACGGUCAACACCGCCUCCCGCAUGGAGAGUCACGGCCUGCCAGACAAAAUCCACCUGAGCCCCACCGUAUACCAAUCGCUGAGACAUAAGGGCUUUAAGAUGGUGGAGCGCGGGGAGAUCGAGGUGAAGGGGAAGGGGCAGAUGCGCACCUACUUCCUGGAGAGGAACCUGACUGCCACUGAGAGCCAGAUCAUGGGCUACCGCCCCAGAGAGGCCAGCCCAGGCCGGGAGGGGGCAGAGGGGGGGGAGGCCAGGCUCUACACCCCCGCAGGGCCAGGUGAGGGGCUCUGCGCUGUUCCUGUACAGAUACCAGCACUACCAGCAUUUUUGUAUUAGAACUAAAUGAAUAUACAUAGAUUGUAUUAUUCAAUAGUCUUUUCUGUAAAAACUAAAUAAAUAUAUAUAGAUUGUGUUAUCCAAUAGUCUGAUAGUGAGAUUUCCUCUG